GGAUUUUUUUUGUCCGGGGAGGGUGGCUCCCCCCCCUUUCCCCCCUAAGCAGGCAGUAGUCGUAUUAAUUAUUAUUUUCUCCUCCUUUUUUGCCUCCUGCGCUCGUAAGCUCCUGUCGAUCUUCCCGGCCGGCAGCGAGAACUUGGAGGGGGCAAGUGCGCCUUUCCCAUCGGACAAGCCGCGUCCAGAGGAGCCGCGGAAAGUCCAGCCCGCCGCUCCGCUGCGAAGGAAUCCCAGCCUGUUGGCCGCCUCCAGCACCGGCUCGGCUGUAAAUUGAGCGUCUCCAUGGAUUGGAGAAGAGAUCUGGUGGGGUCCUGAAUCCGAAGUUCGGGAUCCGGACGGUCCUGUGGCCGGAUUGGAGGGGCACCCUCUUCAGUUUGGGGCGGGCGAAGAGAGGGGCUGGCGGUGGGACGCCGCUCCCAAGACAGCUGUAGAGAAAUGCCCCUCGAGCGGCCGUAGGGGGUUCCGCUCCUUUCUUGGCUUGGGAGUUGGGAGCCGGGAGCGCUCCGCGGAUCCGACCAGCCCGCAGCAAAACCGGCGCCUUUGGCCGCUGCUGCUCUGCCUCCACCCACAAAGACUGCCUAAGAAUUUUGCCUGGACUUUGAGUUCACAGCAUUCCUGAUCAUGCCCCUGUUUGGCUUUUUGCUUUGGACCACCCUGCUAAUCGUGGGCUGGUGGCCAUCCUACUCCAAGGAUUUCCUAUUUGCUGCGCCAAGAGUGCAGCUCUCUUUCAAAGAGCUCAAGGCCACCGGCACAGCUCACUUCUUCAAUUUCCUGCUCAACUCAACAGACUAUCGCAUCCUGCUGAAGGAUGAAGAUCAUGACCGCAUGUACAUUGGCAGCAAAGACUACAUCCUGUCUCUAGACCUUCACGACAUUAAUCGGGAGCCCCUAAUUAUCCACUGGCCUGCAUCCCAGCAAAGGAUAGAGGAGUGUAUCCUAUCAGGGAAGAACAGCAAUGGCGAGUGUGGCAACUUCAUCCGCCUUAUCCAGCCCUGGAAUCGAACCCAUCUGUAUGUGUGUGGCACUGGGGCAUACAAUCCUGUUUGCACUUUUGUCAAUCGGGGCCGUAAAGCACAGGCUUUUGAGCUGAACCAGUCCAUCCAGCAGGGAGGACGGGGAAGUAGAGCAGUUGACUCCUCCCUCCACCCGUCUCCAGUGGAACGCAAGGAUUACAUAUUCUACAUGGAACCCCAGACAUUGGAGUCAGGAAAAGGGAAAUGCUCUUAUGACCCGAAGGUAGACACUGUGUCAGCAUUAAUCAAUGAAGAACUCUAUGCAGGUGUCUACAUUGACUUCAUGGGCACCGAUGCUGCCAUCUUCCGCACCAUGGGCAAGCAGACUGCCAUGAGAACUGACCAGUACAACUCACGCUGGCUGAAUGAUCCAGCAUUUGUCCAUGCACAGCUCAUCCCAGACAGCGCUGAGCGAAAUGAUGACAAGCUCUACUUCUUCUUCCGAGAGAAAUCCACUGACGCCCCACAGAGCCCUGUUGUCUACUCCCGCAUUGGUCGCAUUUGCCUGAAUGAUGACGGAGGCCACUGCUGCUUGGUUAAUAAGUGGAGUACAUUCCUGAAGGCGCGACUUAUUUGUUCUGUGCCAGGGCCUGAUGGGAUUGAAACACAUUUUGAUGAACUCCAGGAUGUCUUCAUCCAACAGACCCAGGAUGUGAAGAACCCCAUCAUUUAUGCUGUUUUUGCUGCUUCUGGGUCUGUAUUUAAGGGCUCUGCUGUGUGUGUUUACUCCAUGGCAGACAUCCGUAUGGUGUUCAAUGGACCUUUUGCCCACAAGGAAGGCCCCAAUUAUCAGUGGAUGCCUUACACAGGCAAAAUGCCUUACCCUCGACCUGGCACAUGCCCAGGAGGGACGUUCACUCCUUCGAUGAAAUCAACGAAGGAUUACCCUGACGAGGUUAUCAAUUUCAUGCGCACUCACCCCAUGAUGUACAAUGGUGUGUACCCCAUACAUCGCCAGCCACUCGUGGUGAGGACCAAUGUCCACUACAAGUUCACAACCAUUGCCGUGGACCAGGUGGAUGCAGCUGACGGGCGCUAUGAGGUGCUUUUCCUGGGCACAGAUCAAGGGACAGUACAGAAGGUUAUAGUUCUGCCAAAAGAUGACAUGGAAACAGAGGAACUGAUGCUGGAAGAGGUGGAGGUGUUCAAGGUUCCAGUCCACAUCAAGACCAUGACUAUCUCUUCCAAAAGGCAACAGCUCUAUGUGUCUUCAGCCAUUGGGGUGACACACUUGGCUCUUCAUCGCUGUGACGUGUAUGGGGAAGCUUGCGCUGACUGCUGCCUGGCAAGGGACCCCUACUGUGCCUGGGAUGGCAAGUCCUGCUCCAGAUACUCUGCUUCCUCCAAGAGGCGGAGCAGACGUCAGGAUGUUCGGCAUGGCAACCCGAUCCGUCAGUGCAGGGGCUACAAUUCCAUUGCCAGCAAGAAUACAGUAGAGGCUGUCCAGUAUGGGGUAGAGGGAAGCACAGCCUUUCUGGAGUGCCAGCCUCGCUCUCCUCAGGCCUCCAUCAAGUGGCUUCUCCAGAAGGACAACAGUGACCGAAGGAAAGAGCUGCGCACGGAAGGACGAGUGCUAAGGACAGAGCAAGGGCUGCUGUUGCGGUCCUUGCAGCUCUCAGACGGAGGCCUGUAUUCCUGCACAGCCACUGAGAACAACUUCAAGCACACAGUGGCCAAAGUGCAGCUGCACGUACUGAGUAGUGAAACCGUCCACGCAGUCCUUUUCCAGUCAGAGGCUCCUGCCCCUUCUGCAGCAGCCAUGCGAGCUGGCCUGCCGGGCACCUUCAGUUCCCACUACCAUGACCUGGUGCAGCUGCUCACACAGCCUGAGAUGGGACUUAUUAACCAGUACUGCCAGGGCUACUGGCGGCAUGUGGCCUCCAGCCACAAGGAGACUCUGACUGGUCUCAAAGCCAAGGAGUUGCAUGACCAGAAGAAGCCUCGGAAUCGCCGGAACCACCAGCCAGAUAUGGAUCAGCACACAUGAAACUGACUAAGGGACUAUGUAAUGACAAUGCUUUAUUUCCCCCAUUUUAAUAUUAAAAAUAUCUAUAAAUAUAUAAAUAUAUAUAUAUAAAUAUAUAUAUAAAUAUAUAUAAAUAUAUAUAUUUAUAUAUAUAUAGCUACACAACAUGCCCUGCUCCCCCUCAAGACAGUAUUUAUUUGUAGGUUGUACAUAAUCCUUGGGUGAUGCAGUCUCACCUCAGUGUGGGACAGUGAGGAGCUUGGAGGCGUCGUGUCUGGCAGCUUGCUCUUCCUUCCCCCUUUUUAUCUACAGUACUGUAAAAAAAAAUAAACUCAUGGGGGGACUGCGGAGAAGAGGAAAUCUCUUUUGUGCUAGCCAAAAAGCACACAUGUGGCAAGAAAGGGGAGGGGCAGGGAUAGCCAAAGCAUCUACAGCCUAUGAUGCCAUGGAACAAAACCUUAUUUUGUGGAGUCUCUGAGUCCUGAAUGGCUGACUGGAGGUCCUCUAGCCUAGAUCUUCAUGUGCAAGCUGGGAUUUUUGUUCUACCAUCAUUGAAAGUAUUCCUAUUUGGUUAAAAUACUGGCUGCUGUCAGACACCAAGCAGAAUGGAGAGUAGAACCCUGUAAAACACAAGGAGUCUCAUGCCCCUGCCAGCGCUCCCAUCAGAGGUAUGCAUAAACUCCUGCUAUGCCUACAAAGACUGUAACACCUUUUCAUUCCCUCCGUACAUUUCUCUGCUUCAAAGCAGUCUGCCAGGGGACUAUCCAGUGUCAAGUUACAGGGAGGCUGUGUCACGUAAUGAGCUGGACUGAUUUAAAGGAGAAGGAAACACUCAUCAAGGAUAUGCCUGCAUAGCUCAUGUGAGGCUCCAGCAUCUGACUGGAGCAAACAAAUACUACCAGUAGGAAGUUGUGGGAAAUGUUGUGAUUGUUAAUUAUUCAGGCUCCAUGGCUUGGGUGUCAUGAUUCUGUGAGAGGAACAAUCUUUGCAAGUCGCUGCACAAGGGUAGUAGAUGCCCCGUGGCAAUAGAUAAUACCCAGAGAGUAGCUAGAAGAAUCAUUUUGUGACUAUGAUUCUAGGCACCCAGCUUUGCUAGGCCACUUUGACUGAUGGCUCAGAGCCCACGUGUGAGGGCCUCAUCCAAAUGUGUUAUGCGAGGGAGAUGUAAUGUACAUAUUAACCAAAGCUACUCUCCCAUAGUGCAUGUGCCAGAAACCUUCGAGGUCAAAGACUGCAUGGGAAUGGAAAGGAUUUAGAUAUUAGCUGGAUAGCCAUCAGAACACUUGCCUUCUCUGCUGGCCCAUGGAUGACUCAGUGCCUCAAUUUCCUUACCUGGUUAUUUAUUAUAAUUUAAUAAUAUUGAUUUGCUCACUGCAAGUCCAGAUUUUCAGCCCAUUAGCGCUAAACUAUGCAGUACAAACCUAGGAGAGAUGGGACAGUCAGGUCUCAACUAUCUGUACGCUUCUGUAAGGAAUCCUGCGGCAUUUUAAUCACUGCUCAGUACCCCCACACUCCAGUUUUCACUAUGGUAAUAAAGGACAGCACAUUGUGGUGCCACACAACAUGGAAAUUAGGCAUGCAACAAUUUUGUUGCGAGGGUGUAUAGGGUUUAUGAAUCCCAUUGUACAGGUGAGAAUUUGCCCAAAAGAUACCCUUCUUGGAAUUAAUCUCCUUUGAAAAGUGCAGGUGGAACGCUUGUGGUUCAUGUCUGUGUUUAGGAACAGGGUAAGAGGAUAAAGUGUCAGCUUUCACAGGAAGGGGGAUGUAUUUGCGUGCUUACUUGUGUGCAUGGGUUCUGGGAAGCUUGUGGAACUUAUGAAAAGUAUUUUGUAUACAAUGCAAAGAAGUCAAAUAUGGCAAAGAAUUACCUGGUCUAUAAGCUUUGCCCUGAUAGGUAUGUAGGUAAAUAAAGAACAGAGUGCUUCUGAGUCUGUCCAAAAUGCAUGUUCUUUACUUCCAGACACCUGGGAGUACAAAGGAGGGUAACUAGGUCAAAAAGUGGGAACCUAAGGGAGGUUUAAUCAAACUCCAGGGGUAGCAGAAUCUCUUGAACCCGUGUCCUGCUGCCGCCCCAUCCUAUUGUCUGUGUUUUCCUUCUACUUUAUAUUUGCAUAGCAAAAUGAUUGGUUCCCUUUUCUCUUGGUCUUCACUUCAGGCUGGUUUCACUGGUGUAGGCAUGUCUUCCACAUUUUCCACUGCCAAAUUCCCAGGUUAGAAUACUUCUAUUUGUGAAGUUACUGUGAUUGACACCUGUUGAACAUCAGUGCUUUCAUCUCUCAUUGCGGUGGCCUGUGCAAGGGCAAUGGCGGUUUGUUGCAGAUUGAGGGUACCUUUAACACUGCGAAUAAGGAACUACAGGGACUGUAGAUGGUGCAUACAAAGACCAUUUCAAAUUACCUUAAAUAUGUAGCAUACAUGAGCAAGGGUUAAAACUAUGCUGUUUCUCAUUCUGUGCCCCCUGUUGUCUGCACUGCAAGGGAUAGUCUCAAUACAGAAAAAGUCUGUGCCCUUUGGUCUCUGGGGCUGCACAUCCUGUGGCGACUCACUUUCCAUGUUUUAUAAGCUGUGGGCCACACCCAUUUACCAUCAUUCUUGCAGGUAGGUAAGAAUGCCUAUCCCUGUCAAUGCUUUCCCUGCCAAUUCGAGUGAUGUGCAUGUACUUUUUAUUGUAAAUAGUUGUAAAUCAAAAAUGUAACAAAACCAGGGAACUGGAGCAUCUGACAAGUAGCUCCUUGUGAUGAAUUCAAGCACAGAGCCACUUCGGGCCUGUACUGUGAAAUACCUGUGGAUAGAAUGAGCUAAUAAACACUGGCUUUGUUUUUGACAA